AUGUCUUUUAAAGCCAAACAACGAGCUAAACACGGUCAUUUGUUUGGUGAUGGCAAGUAUCCUUUAAAUGCGGCACUAGUUAGCAGCACAGAUGACCCUCUUUUUGCACCUACCAAGAGCAGCCAAAGUACAAGGACAAGCUCACCAGUGAAAGUAGACCCAUUAUCACGCAAUGAUAUAGACUCUAGCAGCAGCACGCCACUCUUUUCUCGCCGUACAAAAGCAGACAGUAUAUUUGGAGACAUUGAUGUUUCAAAACUCGGUAGGCGAUCUCCAAAUUCUCUAAGGUCAAACAAACCACUUGAAGAAGACGAGGACUUGUUUGGUGGGAUGAGAAGAGCUCCUAAAAAGCCUCCCUCGAUAGAAAGUAAUGGCAAUUCUAUGCGAAAGCAACAACCAGUGAAAAUAACAACAACAACAACAAAACCUCUUGUCCAGCCUUCAUCACCCGUUAAAGUAUCAACAAAUCCACCAUCCCCUGCCAAAACUCCUACGCCACCUACGCCACCUACGCCCAUAAAGCCUUCUGUAGAAGAUACCAAAUCAUCUUCAUUUUUUGCCUCUGCUAGUCGAUUCUUCAAGUCAUCAAGCAGUACAAAGCCUUCUGCUUCGACCUCCACAUCCUCCUCUGUUUCGAGUGAUAUACAAAAUCAGCCAGUAUCUCCGUCUGUAACACUACCAUCACCAUCAUCAGUGGACAAAACUGUAGCAUCUGUUCAACAACAACAACAACAACAAACAGAGCCACCUCAGCUGCAGGUGGUAAAUAGACAAGUAGAAGAAGAAGAAGAAGAAGAAGAAAAUGAUACCAAUGAUGCAACUCCAGUGAUCGAAGAUGAGGCUACACGAGCAUUUGCAGAUGAAACCAUAUCUUUCUCGACACAUGCCAUCAACUAUACAACCAGCUUAACACCAGAUUUAUUAAUAGACGGGAUAGAUUCACUUAAAGUACGUACACCACUAUCGCCUUCUGUAAGUUCACCUACACACACUACUACUACUGCAGGCGGCGUAGAGCUAGAUCCUUGGGCAUUAUCUAUCUCAUUAGAACCUUCCGUAAGCUCACCUAUAACUAGAGUUCCUGUCCAAGAGAUUGAACCACAAAAGAGAAGAGUAUUUGCAGAUUUGAUCACAAGUUGGAACACAGGACAGAUACAUCGAGAGAGAGAAGAGGUGGAUCCUGAUCAAUUCUUUCAUCACAUCGCAGAGGAACAAAGAGAUGUUGGAUUCGCAGGCAUUAGCAAUGAUUCGCCUAUCAAAACUGUCCCGACAAGUGUAAAUAUUUGGGAAGAGGUAGAAAAUCCUUGGAGCUAA